UGUCCCAAACAUGUCCUACAAUGCAUUACGUAAACGGUAUAUGACGUAAAUGCUUUUGAGGGCUAUUAGUCUGUACAUAAUCUCUACACUACACAUUAUCAGAAAGAAAUGAAGUCAAACACGAGAAUAAUCAUACGAAAUAACGAUAUAAGGACAGUCGUAUGUUAUUCCCAUGUAAUAUCAACUUCGAACUUUAUUUUUUUGUGAUUUGUGGAUCAUUUUGUCAUUUGUCCACAGCAUAUCAUUAGGAGGGGCCUGGUCAACACGUGGUAUUAGUAUGAUUGACACCCAUCAUGAUAAUGUCACCAAUGCUACUUACUAUACCUGUCUAACCAAUCAUCUUACAAACUUUGCUAUCCUUAUGGAAACAUCAGAUUACAAGAUAUCCCAUUCUGAUAAGGUCGCACUUGAAAUCAUCACCUAUGUUGGAUGUUCAUUAUCAUUGGCCUGCUUGUUACUUACUAUAUGCACACUACCAUGCAUAAGGUUAAGAGAAAUUCGCUUCAAGAUUCAUCUUCACCUGUGCAUUGCACUCGCAGCAGCACAGAUUGUUUUUCUUGCAGGAAUAAAUGCUGUCACAGAAAAGAUUCCGUGUAUGAUGGUGGCAAUAAUGCUACAUUAUUUUUAUACCGUGGCGUUCUUAUGGAUGUUAGUAGAGGGAGUACAUCUUUAUCAGAAAAUUGUUGUCGCAUAUGAGAAAAAGGUGGUCAAGAAAAAACAUUAUUACAUGAUUGCAUGGGGUGAGAAGUAAAGGACAAGGAAUCUAUG